AUGUCUACAGAACAGCCUCGUAUCCCAGAUCGCCCAGCUCUUGGCGAAUCCUGGGUCAUAGCAUCAACUGCUUCUUUGAAAGAAAAUGACCCCACCAAAACUCCAAAUACCCGGCAUGAAAGCAUAAAAGCGACCACAAAGACAGCCGACCCGGCAUCGGAGUCACUGGCAUCCUCAUCGUCAUCAUCAUGGACCAUAUCAGGCCCGGAGCUGAUCAUGCCUUCUAUCUGCGAAACGCCUAACCUAGAGAAGUCAUGGGUGGAAUAUGUGCGGACUCCAAAACAGCAAGGUUCAGAAAGCAUGAGAAAACGACGCAAAGUUUCCACGCCGAAUGGUGCAAAGCAGCGAGAACAGGACCGGACCGGCGCUAAAGCUGAGAAUGCAGACGCCGGUUCGUCUGCAGAGACGACCACCAAUGAAGCAGGCCUGGUUGUCAAACCACAGUCCAUCUUUCGUAGCCAUGCUACCCUUGCCCGCAAUGCAAUCAACGCGAUCUUGAUCGCCAUCAUCCUACACCUACUAGUUCUUCCCGAGGUCGUCUACCAAGCCAAAGACCUCUGCUAUAUAUCAACCAUCAAGACUCUCUACCCCAACAGCUGCAUCACCCUCCCCACGACAUACCCACCGCGCAGCACCUUCCACCCUUCGGCAAUACCCCCGGAAGAAACCCUCGCAAACUCCCAGCGCCAACUGGAAUCCAUCUUCGACACCGCCCUUGAAACCCUCACACCUCUAUCCGCAAUCCUCAAGCAAAGCGAAAGCAUGCUCGCCGACCUAGAAUCUCAACUAAAAUCAACUUUCCCAGAGGUUCGCAACGCGCUAGAUCUCGAAUUCACCGGCAGCAACCAAGCCGUCCAAACAGCAGUAUGGGAAUUCGACUCUCUACGCGCAGACCUGCGCUCAGCAAUCGACAGCCUCCUCGCCUCACGCCCACCAACCGAAAUAACCGGCACAGCCGCUCUAGACACACGACUCGCGACGCAAAUGCGACGACGCGAAGAGUACCUAGACCGACUGCGCUCGCAAAUCCGCAGCAAAGCAGACUCCCUCAACACGCGCUUCAUAACACUAGACGACCACCUCGAAGCGGUGGACGGCAUCGUAGCACGCGAAGAACGACGAAGUCCAACUUUCCACAAGUACGCUUCUGACGACAGUAGCAGCGGACUAUAUUCCAUGCUCGACUCGCUCCCGCUACCGUUCGGGGCAUAUUUGUUCCGGGCGCGAUCGUCAGGAGCUGCAGAUGGCAAUCCGGUUGUUGUGACUGAGUCGUCAUCGUCUGCCGCAUCCACUGCAUCCACCGCAUCCACUGAACCCACACACACACCCCGGCCCGCCACUCUUGCUCUCCUCAGGGUCGCGGCCACGCACCAUCGUCCCGUUGCUGACUCGGUAUUGCGGUUAUCACGCCAAUUGAAAGAUGUGCAGCGUGCGACUGGGGCUGGGUCCACUUGGUGA